GUGACGUGGACACGGAAGUGGUCGUCGUCGCGGCGGCACCGGUGGGAGCAGGGCCCUGGGCUGGGAGUGCGGCGGGCGAGCGGACAGGCGGCGGCGGCCUCGCAGCAGCGGCGGCGGCUUAAGGCGCAGUCGUGAUCCGUUGGGUGCGAAUCCGCCGAGCCCAGGAGCGGCUGCUCAGCCCUCUCUCCUGCCUGUCGGAUCCCGGGAGCAGGGACCCGCUUAGCCGGCGUCAUCAUGACCAAGGCCGGUAGCAAGGGCGGGAACCUCCGCGACAAGCUGGACGGCAAUGAGCUGGACCUGAGCCUUAGCGACCUGAAUGAGGUCCCCGUCAAGGAGCUGGCUGCACUCCCAAAGGCCACCGUAUUGGAUCUGUCCUGCAAUAAACUGAGCUCUCUUCCGUCGGAUUUCUGUGGCCUCACACAUCUGGUGAAGUUGGACCUCAGCAAGAACAAGCUGCAGCAGCUGCCCGCAGACUUUGGUCGCCUGGUCAACCUUCAGCAUUUGGAUCUCCUCAACAACAGGCUGGUCACCCUGCCUGUCAGCUUUGCUCAGCUCAAGAACCUGAAGUGGCUGGAUCUGAAAGACAAUCCCCUGGAUCCUGUCCUGGCCAAGGUGGCAGGAGAUUGCUUGGAUGAGAAGCAGUGUAAGCAGUGUGCAAACAAGGUGUUACAGCACAUGAAGGCCGUGCAGGCAGAUCAGGAACGAGAGCGGCAGCGCCGGCUGGAAGUGGAGCGAGAGGCAGAGAAGAGGCGGGAGGCCAAGCUGCAGGCUAAGGAGGCAAAGGAGCGGGAGCUGCGGAAGCGGGAGAAGGCGGAGGAGAAGGAGCGUCGGCGGAAGGAGUACGAUGCCCAGAAAGCUUCCAAGCGGGAGCAGGAGAAGAAGCCCAAGAAGGAGACGAACCAGGCCCCAAAAUCUAAGUCUGGCUCUCGUCCUCGCAAGCCACCACCCCGGAAACACACACGCUCCUGGGUUGUGCUGAAGGUGUUGCUGCUCUUGCUGCUAAUGUGUGUGGCAGGAGGGCUGGUUGCAUGCCGGAUGACAGGGCUGCAGCACCAGCCCCUCUGCAACAGCGUGAACACCAUCUACGACAAUGCCGUCCAGGGCCUGCGCCAUCAUGAGAUCCUCCGGUGGGUCCUCCAGACCGACUCCCAGCAGUGAGCUUAUCCUCAGCACCGCUGCCUCCCAGCCUUGGAGCUUGGAUUCCUAUGGAAUUGGGUUCUGCUGGACACAACCUCUUUUUAGCGUCAGACCUACCUGCCAUCAUCAAAUGGCUGCUGAUUGGUACUUGAGACCUCGCCUUUGUAGGACUUCUUUGUCCCUUAGUCAGGGUUCCCUGGUGGAAUGAGGAGAAAUGGAGGGGGGGGGGAAGAGUUACCUGCAUGCCUAAAGGAAUAGGCUUCGGGGUGGGGAGAGAGGACCUAAGUUUUCUAGUCACAGCACGCUGUGUAAGGCAAGGUUCCUUUCUACUAAAUGGUCAGCUGUCACUACAUUUAUACUUUUGUAUGUCACAGACCCUUUCUUUCAUUCCUUCCUGGAUAACCAGGACAGAUUGGAAGGCAGCGUGUUCCUGGGGACUAGGAGUACUUGGAUAAAUCUAGCCUAAGUGGGGAGGGUGGAGUAAUGUUUCCUUAAAGAUCUCAGACAUUUCAACAUUUUAGGAACGUACAAAUUGCCCGGCUGUGAAGAUGGCUUCACUGCCAUUGGUCCAAUGUAACACUUUGAGGCAGAGCAGGGGGCUGUCCACGCCUUUUUAGCUGGUCUAAAGCAGACCCAACUCUCACUCCACUUCUCUUCCUCUCCCUGAUGUCAUUUGGCUCCUUGAGAAUGAACUCACACUCGAAUCGUCUUAGCCAAAGUGAGUCUUUCAUAAUCGACAAGGCCUGCCACACAAGUAGAUCUCAUACCGGCAGGGUCCUGGGAAGCUCCUGUGGAAUUUUGCCUCAACUUAAAUGGCUUCCACAAAAUGGCAGCAGGCAGUCUCCCCGCCUCAGUUUAGAGCAUUAACUCCCUAGAGGCCUGGAAGCAGAGGCAGAUCUCUACCAAAGCUGCUUGGGGACAGCUCCACUGGUACUUGGUGUGGUGAAAUACCUCAGAGGCAGCCCAGAAACUUGACUUCAAGAAACAGGUUUAGAGGUGAUCUGGACCUGUCACAGGGAAGGAAGGCGUGGAAAAGUGGGAGCUAAAGGGGAACAGAGUCACAGGGUGGUGCUGUAGAGUGGUACAGAUACACAGUUCAACGUUAGCACAAACCAGGGCAGCGCCACCCGCCUUCCUGCUGCUACGGAAAGCAUUUCUACUCCCCUUUCCCUUGUCUUUUCACAGCAGCUGGAUGAAGGAUCAGAAGCAACUGUGUCUCGGUGCUUAUUUGCUAAAAACUCCCAAUUGCAAGCUCCUUGACUCUCCCCUAAGGGACCAAGUUCUGUCACAGUUCAGAGUACCCUAGUGGCCCAUCUGGAUAGGUCUGUCACUCGAAACUGUCCUGACACUGGAAGAAAGGCCUUUGUUUUCUCCUCCCUAGCUAGCUCUGCCAUGUAGGUCCACGUCUCACUCAGAAUCACUACACAUUCCUUUAGUCUUCCUCCAAGCUCCAGAGCCAUUGGUACAAAUGCUUUAUUGAUAAAGUACUUACUAUACACAUGGUGACAUCAUGAAACAGAAGUCAGCCGAGUCAGUUCCCUGGCUGGUUGAGGCAGCUCAGUGGCUGAGCCUAGUCAAGCCAACCCGCAGGCAAGAGUUCACUCUGACUUCGAGAUUUGAUGCUUAUUCUUUGAAUUUCUACAAUUAUUAAAUCCGUGUCUGAGUGGUC